CACCCAUCGAAUCGCACCGCUUUGCUUCCUUGGAAAUAUAACUCUACAACACAGAAAAUUAAAGCGUCAAUUUUUUGAAGAGAUUAGUACAACAACAACAAAAAUAAUAAUAAUUUUGUGUCAAGAGUUCCACAAUUUUGAUGGCUGGACAUGUUCAUGUUGUUUCCGGAUCUACGUUUCAUAAUUUUCUUCUCGGCGUCUUGUUUGCUAAAAUGGCGGCUCCCAUAGAUGGUUUUUUUGUGCUUCUUCUUGGCUAAAUAAACUUGCGAGCUAGCAACCACAACCUGGACAUAUUUAUAUUCUCUACAAUUAUAUACAAGUGGUCUUGAACUGGGAACAACGUAUACGAAAUCUCGAUACUAUAUUUUGUGUUUGAGUGCAGUAUUUUAGUAGGACGCGAGGUUUUUAAAAAUCCUGUUUAACGUUUAAACGUUACCGUAGCCAGCUACUGUUAGCUUGUUGUCAGUUAACGUUAGCUGGCUAGUCCUAACGGAUGCUAGCUAACUCGUUAGCUUAGCAUUAGUAUACAUUUAUACAUUUUAGCUAUAUUGGAAAGCUUUUCAAGUUGGAUUUUUUUUUUUCUAACUUCCUUCUCAAAGAGAAACUGAAUCUACCGGCACCAUGACAUCUGGGACCUCUGGCUCAGUUCUGCAGCCACGGUGGAAGCGGGUGUUGGGUUGGUCCGGCCCUGUCCCUCGGCCCCGACACGGACAUCGUGCAGUUGCAAUUAAAGAAUUGAUGGUCGUUUUCGGGGGUGGCAAUGAAGGAAUUGUGGAUGAACUGCAUGUGUAUAACACAGCCACCAAUCAGUGGUUCAUUCCUGCUGUCCGUGGCGACAUCCCGCCUGGCUGUGCUGCGUAUGGGUUCGUGUGUGACGGCACCAGGCUGCUGGUGUUCGGGGGGAUGGUGGAGUAUGGCAAAUACAGCAACGAUCUGUAUGAACUACAGGCCAGUCGCUGGGAGUGGAAGCGUCUGAAGCCCAAGUCUCCUAAGAACGGCCCUCCUCCCUGUCCCCGCCUGGGACACAGCUUCUCCCUGGUAGGGAACAAAUGCUUCCUGUUCGGAGGACUGGCUAACGACAGUGAGGACCCCAAGAACAACAUCCCCAGAUACCUGAACGAUCUGUAUACGUUGGAGCUGCGUGCCGGCUCCAGUGUGGUGGGCUGGGACAUCCCCAUCACCUACGGGGUGUUGCCCCCGCCCAGAGAGAGCCACACCGCCGUCGUCUACACAGAGAAGACCUCUAGCAAGUCCCGUCUGGUCAUCUAUGGGGGUAUGAGCGGCUGUCGACUGGGGGAUUUGUGGACACUAGAUAUAGACACCCUGACAUGGAAUAAACCGUCCAUCAACGGGACAGCUCCUCUUCCCCGCAGUCUCCACUCUGCCACAACCAUCACCAACAAGAUGUUCGUGUUCGGAGGCUGGGUUCCCCUGGUGAUGGAUGACGUCAAAGUAGCGACACACGAGAAGGAGUGGAAGUGCACUAACACACUGGCCUGUCUCAACCUAGACUCGAUGGCGUGGGAGUCGGUGCUGAUGGAUUCUCUAGAAGAUAACAUCCCCAGGGCCAGGGCCGGUCACUGCUCCGUGGCCAUCAACUCGCGCCUCUACGUCUGGAGCGGACGGGACGGAUACCGCAAGGCCUGGAACAACCAGGUGUGCUGUAAGGACCUCUGGUACCUGGAGACAGAGAAGCCCCGCCCCCCGUCACGGGUGCAGCUGGUGAGAGCCAACACCAGCAGCCUGGAGGUGAGCUGGGGGGCGGUACCUACUGCAGACACCUACCUGUUACAGCUGCAGAAGUACGAUAUCCCCCCCGCCCCGGCCGCCACCACGCCCGGCGUCAGCCCCGCGACGUCACUACCGGUCAACUCCCCCAAGAGCCCUGUCACAGCCUCUGCAGCGUCCCCCCAGGGCCUGCCUCUCCAGGGCAUAACGCUGGUCCCCUCCCCCACCACCACAAUGCCUGGAAGUCCACUGGCUGCUGCGAAUGCACGCGGGCCAGCUAUCCUGAAGGUGUCUGCUCCCCAUUCCACCACAGGCACCUCCAUCGUCACGGUGAGGCAGGCUAACCAGGGCGGGAAAUCUCCCGUGACGGUGACGUCACUUCCUGCCGGGGUCCGCAUGGUGGUGCCGGCCCAGGGUGCACAGGGAACGCCAAUGGGCAGCAGCCCUCAGAUGAGUGGCAUGGCUGCGUUGGCUGCAGCGGCUGCUGCCACACAGAAGAUCCCGCCCUCCACGGCCACCAUGCAGCUUCCAGCUGGUGCUACUAUGGUCAAGACCGUGGCCAUGAGCCCCGGUUCACAGACUGUCAAAGUAGCCUCGCCUGUUAUGGUUAGUAACCCAGCAACCCGCAUGCUGAAGACUGCUGCGGCUCAGGUGGGCACGUCAGGUGUUGUCACACCCGGAACGCCUUCUCGCCCUAUCAUCACCGUGCACAAGUCUGGCACGGUGACGGUUGCCCAGCAACACCAGGUGGUUACCACGGUAGUGGGAGGAGUCACCAAGACAAUCACCCUUGUCAAGAGUCCCCUUACUAUGGGGGGAGGAGGAACACUGCUGUCUAACCUUUCCAACCUGGGGAAGGUGAUGUCCGUGGUCCAGACCAAGCCUGGUCAGACAGGAACGGUGACGGGACAGGCUGGCUCCAGCCUCCAGCACAUCAUUCAGACGAAAGGUCCCCUCCCGGCGGGCACCAUCCUGAAGCUAGUGACCUCAGCGGACGGCAAGCCCACCACCAUCAUCACUACGUCCCAGGCCGGGACCGCGGGGGGCAAACCCACCAUCCUAUCCUACAGCGGCAUGCCCACCACCACCAAGCCUGGCACGCACAUCAUCAAGACCAUACCCAUGUCUGCCAUUGGACAAGCAGGAGUGACAGGAAGUGGUAUGAAGUCCCCCAUUACCAUUAUCACCACUAAGAUGAUGACACCAGGCACCGGGACACCAGGCAAGAUCAUCAGCGCAAUGCCCAGAGCUGGGGCUGGUCAGCAGGGACUCACACAGGUGGUGCUGAAGGGUGCCCCAGGACAGCCCGGGACUAUUUUACGGACCGUCCCCAUGGGAGGAGUACGUCUCGUCUCCCCGGUUACUGUUUCCGGUGUCAAACCUAACGUCACCACCCUUGUUGUCAAGGGAACCACAGGUAUGACAACGUUUGGUACGGUGACUGGUACAGUGUCUUCGAGCCUGGCGGGAGGAAGUGUUGCCACGGCUACUCCCAUCACCACCUUGGGCACCAUGACCACUCUGCCUGGACAGGUCACCGUCUCCGCAGCUCAGGCGGGAGCUCAGCCCACUCAGGUGACCCUCAUCACGACCCCCAGUGGUGUGGAUGCUCAGCCUGUCCACGACCUCCCGGUCUCCAUCCUGUCCUCCCCCACCUCCGCCGACCCCUCGUCCACCCAGCCCGAGGCAGGCGACCCAGGAACGGUAACCCUGGUCUGCUCAAACCCCCCCUGCGAGACCCACGAGACCGGCACUACUAAUACAGCUACCACGGCCUCCGCUAACAUGACUGGUAAUGGUGGGGUGGAGAGGGUGUGUUCAAACCCGCCGUGUGAAACCCACGAGACCGGCACCACCAACACUCAAACGACAGCGUCCUCCAACAUGGGCCAGGUACAGCAGGUGUGCACCAACCCGCCGUCAGAGACUCACGAUACAGGUACCACCAACACCCAGACCACCGCCAGCUGUAACAUGGGAUCCAACCAGCAACAACAAGGCUCCUGCGUAACCAACAACGCCAGCGGGUCUGAUCCCCCGUCCUCUCCGCCCCCCCCCUCCUCCUCCGGAGACCUCUCCCCCUCGUCUGUUUCUGGUACCAGCUCUGUGCCCGGGGUGCUACGACCGGAGACUUUGAGAACAGGGACCACCUACACCUCGACCACCGCACGCUCUAACAUGGGCUCUGACCAGAUGGGCAUGACGCUCAGCUCCUCGUCCUCCGAUAACCAGAGCAAGUCAUCCAGCGGAGGAGGAGGAUCCCCCCUCACAUCUCCUGUCUGCUCCAAUCCACCUUGUGAAACACACGAGACUGGCACUACCACUACGUCGACGCAGACUACAGGGACAGUGCAGAGGGUGUGUUCCAAUCCUCCGUGUGAAACCCAUGAAACUGGGACGACCAACACCCCGUCUCAGACUACGUCCAACCUGACAGGGACGGGCACGGUCCAGAGAGUUUGUUCCAAUCCGCCGUGUGAGACACACGAGACCGGAACCACCAACACCCCGUCUCAGACUACGUCCAACCUGACAGGGACGGGCACGGUCCAGAGAGUGUGUUCCAAUCCACCGUGUGAAACACACGAAACCGGAACCACCAACACGGCUACUACAGCCCAGCCUGGUGACUCGACACAGGGAGACAACGGAACUACAGAGGCUCCCUCGUCGUCCUCGGUUACCACAGAGUCCAGCGCCGUGGUGGCGGCUGGCCGAGCAGUUACCACGGUUACCCAGUCCACACCCACACCUGGACCCUCCGUACCUGAGAUCUCGUCGAUGUCUGGGUCGUCUGAGGCGAUGGUGGCGGCAUGUAUAGAGGGAGAGGAGGCCAUGCAGACGGACUGUCUCCCAGAGGGCACAGUGAGGGUCGUGACCCUGGAAGAGGCUGCUGCAGCUGGGAUACAGGUCCAUGUGGAGGGCAUGGAGGAACAGAACCAGGGGGAGCAGGAGGGCCUGCCUGCGGAGCUGAUGUCUGAAGGUGACGCGGGGGGCCAGCAGACCCUGAUGGUGACGGGUUUAACCCCCGAGGAGCUGGCUGUUACCGCUGCAGCCGAGGAGGCGGCACAACACGCUGCUGCUGAGGAGGCUAACGCCCAGGCCAUGGCCAUACAGGCUGUCCUGCAGGCCGCACAGCACGCUGUCAUGAAUGAAGGAGACGGUGGCCAGGAGGGCCAGCACCAAACCACCACCAUCCCCAUUGUGUUGACUCAGGCUGAGCUGGCAGCCCUGGUACAUCAACAACAACAGCUGCAAGAAGCCCAGGCUCUGGCCCAGGCAGCAGCGGCGGCAGCAGCAGCACAGCACAACCAGCCCACCGAGGGCCUGGCCCCAGCAGACAGCCUGAACGACCCGGCGUCAGAGAGUAACGGCCAGGAGCUGGCUGCAGCAGUGACCCAGGCGGUGGCCCGGCUAGCCCCAACCUGCACCAUGGUGGUGACAAACCCGGCUAAGACUCAGCCCAUGAUGGUGGCCACCCCGGCUAAGACUCAGCCCAUGAUGGUGGCCAGCCUGGCUAAGACUCAGCCCAUGUUGGUGGCCACUCCGGCUAAGACUCAGCCCAUGAUGGUGGCCAGCCCGGCUAAGACUCAGCCCAUGAUGGUGGCAGCCCCGGCUAAGACUCAGCCCAUGAUGGUGGCCAGCCUGGCUAAGACUCAGCCCAUGAUGGUGGCCAGCCCGGCUAAGACUCAGCCCAUGAUGGUGGCCAGUCCGGCCAAGAUGCAGGCAGCUGCGACCCUGGCAGACGUGGCUAACGGCAUAGAGUCUGCUGCAGGGAGACAAGGAGCUCCUCCUGCGGUGGCCAAAGCCCCGGUGAAGAAAGACAACCAGUGGUUUGAUGUUGGCAUCGUCAAGGUGACCAACACCGUGGUCACACACUACUACUUGCCCACUGACGACCAAGCCACUGUCGAUGAUGACUCUGGGGCGAUCCCAGACUACAGUCAGAUGAAGAAGAUGGAUCUCCAGCCAGGGACGGCCUAUAAAUUCAGAGUGGCCGGGAUCAACACCUGUGGUCGAGGGAACUUUUCAGAGGUCUCGGCCUUCAAGACUUGUCUACCAGGUUUCCCUGGAGCUCCCUGUGCUAUCAAGAUCAGCAAGAGCCCAGACGGAGCCCACCUGACCUGGGAGCCUCCGUCGGUCACAUCUGGUAAGAUCAUUGAGUACUCGGUGUACCUGGCCAUCCAGAGCGCCCAGAGCGGGGAGCAGGCCAAGCCCACCACCACCACCACCCCAGCCCAGCUGGCUUUCAUGCGGGUGUUCUGUGGGCCCAACCCUUCCUGCCUGGUGCAGUCGUCCAGCCUCUCCAACGCACACAUAGACUACACCACCAAGCCUGCCAUCAUCUUCCGCAUCGCAGCCCGCAACGAGAAAGGUUACGGCCCUGCCACGCAGGUCAGGUGGCUCAAGAGGUAGGUAAAGAUGGUGUUGCAGCUAAACCAACUGCCUAAGAGACCAGGCUCCUCACCUGACAUGAAAGCUGCCGGUCCAAAGAAGGCCAGAUCAGACCAGUAAAGGGAGUUUCCUUCUCCCCUUGUUGUCCAUGAUGACUAUUACUGAACUGAAUACAACACCCCUCAACCAGCCCUCACCAACUAUCUACAAUAUCCUUGCCUCAACCUCAGCCCCACAAACCUGGACCCAGACCGGCCCACAAACCUGGACCCAGACCGGCCCACGAACCUGGACCCAGACCGGCCCACAAACCUGGACCCAGACCGGCCCACGAACAUGGACCCAGACCGGCCCACGAACAUGGACCCAGACCGGCCCACGAACAUGGACCCAGACCGGCCCACGAACAUGGACCCAGACCGGCCCACGAACAUGGACCCAGACCGGCCCACGAACCUGGACCCAGACCGACCCCCCCCUCCAAACCACCCAUCAUUCACAAAAUGGCUACAAGAAAAACCCAGAUGGAAAUAAUCCCAGAGCCCUGCCCUCAUCACUCGAGGUUGUGGUGCCACGGACACCUUGUUCCAACCUCAUGUUCUUUAUUGGUUUAUUAAACUGAUCUUCUGUUUUUAAAACGGUUGAAAGCACACAAUUACAUUUUUCUGUUAUUUUUUUAUGAUUUUCGGUGAAAUCAACAACAACAAAAAAUAGAAAAAAACCACUGUGGGAGUUUUAACUGUAGUUGCUAGCUAGGUUCUCUUCGUCUUCGUCUCUUUUCUCCAUCCCGGUUUAUCAACACCAGUAAUUACACAGCACCAAAUAGCUGUGUAUGUCCGAUGUCAUUUGCCCUUCGGUUGAUUGGUCACAUGUAGAAGGAUCGGAUGGUUGCUAUGGAAGACGGUUGAAACGGAAGAACACAGCAUCAUCACGUUGUCAUGGGGACAAAAAACACACCGAUGGGAAAACAGACAGCACUUGGGGGGGGGGGAGGACAAGAGUGUUUUCUCGAUUCAAGGGGAGUCGUCGUCAUCAUCAUCCGAUUUAUGACUUCAUAUUUGUCCUGGCUUUCGUCUUGGUUUGUGACAUCACUGUGUUCACAGGGAGUAAAAAAAAGGAACGAGAGUUUCCACUCAAGUAAAGAAAAGGACGUGUUUUUUGGUGUAGGUUUAGGAGACUACUUUAAUUCUCUAGUCUGUUUCCUUUCGUUGGAAGGUGUGUGGACACUGGCUGACUGCCAACCAGGGUGAAAAAGUACAAUAUUAUUUUUUACAGCCUUUAUUUGACAGAUAAUUUGACACUUAUUUCAGAAUUGGUGUUCUAAUGAACUGUUAAAGAAUGACUUUUUUUUUUGUUACUUGCUCUGCUGCGGGAAGAUGAAAGAACCGAAACGAAAGAUUUGACUGAAAGAAAGAGGCGAGUGGAUGUUAUUUUUUGUUUUUGUUUAUUACUUUCAGUAAAAAACAAAAAUGUAAUUAAAGGAAUUGAUUUGCAGAGAGGAAAAAGCUUACUUUUCACCUGUCCUCCUCGUCGUCUCAACCUGUCCGAUAGUCCAUGGAAUGCAUUUGUUGACAUCUAAUGGAAUUUAGAAGGUUCUUUUUGUUUCCAAGCCUUGUUUUUUUUUUUAGAGUUCUGAGAAUUAACAGGGAUAUUUUCUGCCCCCCCCCCCCCCCCCCCCCAAAAAAAUGCGGACAAACUGUUGAUAUUGAUAACCAUUCACAUUACUUUUGGUGUAUUGUUGUUGUUGUUGUUGUUAUUAUUAUUAUUGGCUUUACAUAUGUUUAGGUAUGCAAGUGUGUGUGUGUGUGUGUGUGUGUGUGUAAUGUGACAAAUGUUUUCCAUGUAGUUGGCAUGUAUUUUUAAAAAACAGAGCAUUUUAUUUACCGAGAGGUGGGAAAUGUUUCGUUAUGAAGAAUGAUUGGAUGGUGCAGCAGCAAACAGGGUUUGAGCUCAGUUGUAAAUUAGUUCCUUCCUUCACGUAGCAAGUAAAGUUAAAAAAAUAAAAAAAAUAAUUAAAAUAAAAAAAUAAUCUCUUUUUUUAUAUAAUUACCUGUAACAAAAAAUGUUUUUACAUGUUUGUCAUCUUGGUUGCUUUAUGUCUUGAUAUAUAUAUAAAACUGGAAAAAAAAACGGAAAA